CAAACAAUUGAAGCUUCUUUGACUUCCCCUAUGACAUCUUCCUCGCCAUGACAGAGACUUCAACAUCAUCACCAGUCAUAUAUCAAGUACCUGGACAUGCCCAGAAACUCAAAAGAAAAGCUUGAUCACCAUAACAAUGUCUUCCUUCAACUUCUCUGAUAAUCUUCUUUUUCUAUGCAUGUUUUGCUACUUUACCCUCAUCCAAAAAGUUCUCUCCCAUUUACCUCUCGGCCAUAACUGCCCAAACACAACUACUUACACUACGAACAGCUCAUACGCAGCCAACCUGAACUCUCUCCUCUCCAAUCUCACUUCUAACGGCACCGGCGACACCGGGUUUUACAACUUCACUUCCGGUCGAAACCCACCUGACAUAGCCUACGGCCUCUUCCUCUGCCGCGGAGAGGUCACUGUAGAUGAUUGUCGAGAGUGUGUGGCGGGUGCUAGUACCGAAAUUCUCGGGACAUGCCCAAUCGAGAGGCGAUCAACGAUUUGGUACGACAACUGUUUGAUGCGUUACUCCAACGAAUCUAUCUUCUCCAUUCCGGAUAUGUCAGUGGUUUUAAUUUUAAGUAAUCCUCAGAAUGUUACAAAUCAAGAAAUGUUUAAUAAGACGUUGUGGACUUUGAUGGGUGACAUAGCCACUCAAGCUUCGAAUGAUCAAUCGGGGAAGAAGUUUGCGACCGGAGAAGCCAACUUUACUGCACAGCAACAAAAUAUUUUUGGACUUGGGCAAUGCACACCUGAUCUGAACAAUUCUCAAUGCAAUACUUGCCUUCGAUAUGGAAUCUCACGUCUCCCAAUAAAGCAAGGGGCGAGGGUUCUGUUUCCAAGUUGUAAUAUUAGGUAUGAGAUGUACGGCUUCUUCCAAGCUGUAACUCCUCCUGCUCCGCCCAGUUCUCCAAACAGUGAAGGGAAAAGUGGGAUCUCAUCACAGAUAAUUGUUGUCAUUGUUGUUCCAAUUGUUGUCUCCUUGUUGCUGAUCAUCAUAGGCUUCUGUUUCCUCGUCAGGAAAGCAAAGAAGAAGAACUACAACACCGUCAUGGAAGAAACUGAAACAAAUGAUAUCACAACAGUUGAAUCAUUGCAAUAUGAUUUGACUACAAUUCAAGUUGCCACGAAGAGCUUCUCCAGUGAAAACAAACUUGGUGAAGGUGGAUUUGGUAAUGUUUACAAGGGUACCCUUCCUAGGGGCGAAGAGGUAGCAGUGAAGAGACUCUCUAGAAGCUCGGGGCAAGGUGCAAAAGAAUUUAAGAAUGAGGUUGUAUUGGUAGCCAAGCUUCAACACAGGAAUCUAGUGAGACUAUUGGGAUUUUGCUUGGAAAGAGAAGAAAAGAUACUCCUCUAUGAAUAUGUGCCAAACAGAAGUCUUGACUACAUUUUAUUUGGUUUGACAAAUCUUACCCAUUUCUAGUUCUUGAAUUAGCUGUGUUUAAAUUCACAACGCAUGGGUUGCAUGAUAGUACAUUUGUUGAACUCAAUCAACCCU